AUGGCAUUGUUAAGCACUGCAAAAAUUAGUGAUGUUUUAUUCAAGAUUUUAUUAAUAGGAGAUUCAGGCGUAGGAAAAAGUAGUGUGAUGAUUAGAUUCGUCGAUGGUUGUUACAAUUGUAACUUCAUGAGCACGAUUGGCAAAGUGAAAUCAAUGACGAUUGACGACAAAGUGUUGAAACUUCAUAUUUGGGAUACAGCGGGGCAGGAGAGAUUCAAAACCGUGACCUCGUCUUAUUAUCGGGGAGCAAAAGGAGUGAUAAUAGUUUUCGACGUUUGUGACAAAGAUUCGUUUGACCACGUCGUGACUUGGCUCGAAGACGUCAAAAAAUACGCAGGCGAGAACAUUAUUUGUCUUUUAAUUGGCAAUAAAUGUGAUGAGCCAGAAGUAAGAAUCAUUUCGAAAACGGACGCAGAAGAGCUAGCUGCAUUGUACAACAUUCCGUACUUCGAAACAAGCGCUAAGGCCGGCACGAACAUCAAUGAGGCUUUCGAACUGCUCGCACGAAACAUGCUUGCAGACUCCAAAUUGACUGAUAACCGGAGUUCUAGAUCUCCAAUCGAUGUUGACUUAGCUAAGAAAGAAACAAGCUAUUCUUGUUGUAAAUUUACGUAG